CUGAGGCAGCUUUUUGGGAGUGCUGUGCCUGCUUUCCCUCCAAAGUUUUACCUGGCAAUGACCAAGUCAAUGGCAGAUGAGAGACGGUCUCAGCUAGAGCAGUACCUUCAGAAUGUUACUUUGGAUUCAAAUAUUACCAACAGUGAUGUCUUCAUAAGUUUUUUCCGAAAGCUACAACAGGAUACAUUUAAGAUCCAAACCCAGAGAGCCUUUUUGGAUGUUUACCUCGCUGAUGGCAGCAAUAUUAGACUUCAUAUCCAGACAUCGGACACUGCAGAAAGAAUAUUAGAGGUUACACUGUGCAAGAUGGGGCUAUCAAGAGAAUUAAUAAAAUAUUUUAGCUUAUUUUUCUUUCAAGAUCAUGAUGAUGGAGUGCUCUCUGUGGUGAAAAAAGUGGCAGAAUUUGAACUUCCAUAUGUGAGUCUUCAGAGCAUGAAAGAGUUGCACUGUAAGCUUGGGAUCAGAAAGUGGUAUAUGGAUCCUUCUCUUGAUACACUGCUGAUGGAUUGUAGAGCUUCACUGAAUUUGCUAUAUAUGCAGGCAGUCCAGGAAGUUAAAAGGAAUUGGGUUAAACCAACAGAAGGGCAGAUGCAGGAACUUGAAUUUCUACAAAAAAAUGCAAACAAAGAAAAGUUCCUGGAGCUGAUUCGAGAAAUGCAGUUCUAUGGAUACAUACGGCUUGAUCCUUGCAUUUGUGACUAUCCAGAAGAAGGCUGCUCAGCUGACAUAUAUGUCGGCAAUAAUGAGAUUAACUGCUGCAUAAAACUGCCUAUUAACCAAACCAAAGAGGUCAGCUUUAAAAUCAACAGGUUAAAAAGUUGGCAGGUUACUUUUCUUGGUGCUGCAAAGGAUAGUGAAGAAGAUAUUCUAGAGCUCAGAUUUGAGUACAAUGAUUCAGGCAUAUGGCAGUGGAUAAUUUUGUACACAAAACAGGCCUUUUUGCUCAGUAGCUGCUUGAAGAAAAUGAUAUCAGAACAGAUGAUGAAGGCAGCCAAAGAAGGCCAAGAAAUGGAGAUAAAGAUGCCUGAAUCCAUGAAAAAUAGUAAGAAACCCAGCAUUCAACAAAAGCAGGUAGUUCAUUCGGGUUUUAUAUCAAGGAAAAGAUUUUUGGUUAGGCCAAAUGAAGAUGACUGUGUAUUUGAGAAAAUAAGAGAAGAGGACCUGUGA